AUGUAUUUAUCAGAUUUUAAAGAAUUAGUCGAACGUCUCGCCGUUGUUACCACAAUAUUACAGUUUCUUUCGGGCAUUUUAGUAUGCAAGCAAUAUAUAUUAAACCGUACAACUGGUGAAGCCUCUCCUUUGCCAUUUACUUGUGGAUUCUUUUCGUGUAGCAUAUGGCUACUGUAUGGAUUAACGAAAAAUGAUGGCAACAUGAUUUUAGUUAAUGUAGUUGGUGUAAUAUUUAUGAUAGCAUAUACUGUAAUAUUUUAUUUGUAUACUUUAAAAAAAAGCUUAGUGUUGAGGCAGUCUUAUGUCACUGUAGGGUUGUGUUUAUUUAUGAUGGGAUAUGUGAAUGUAGAAGAAGACAAUGAAGUACUAUUAAACCGCCUUGGUACACUUGCCUGUUGUUUAACAUUAGUAACAGUGGCUUCACCAAUGAGUAAGCUGUUUUAUGUGAUAAAAACUAAAAGCACUGAAUGCCUACCAUUUCCCAUGAUUCUCAUGACUUUUAUUGUGAUGGCACUGUGGUUCUUGUAUGGUAUGAUUGAAGAAGACAUUUACCUCACUAUUCCUAAUUUAAUUGGAGCUUCUUUGGCAUUGGCACAGCUAUCCCUGUUUAUAAUAUUCCCGAGCAAACAAAUAUCACCGCUCUUGGUAAAGUCAACAGUAGCAUAA